AUGGGGUUCCUAAUCUCAUGUCCGUUGUCAUCAUCAUAUCUCCUCUCUCUUCUUCUCUCCUUUUCCUUCUUCUUGCCCUCUCUCGCGGAUAUCCCCUCCGUCCUCCCCUCCAACAAUUCCCAAGACCUGGGCGGGGAUCACUCCGCUCUCUUCAAACUACUGGGCCCCAGUUUUCCCUCCGAUCUACCUCUCGCCCCGUUGACCGACUACUUCUCCAAUUUAACCGACAAACAACUCCAGAACUUCCCACUGCGAGGUAGUCUGUACAAGGUCAACGUCAACCAAUUUGCCCAGAGUUCGCAGACGCCGCAGAUUGCCUGCGUUUCGUGUGAUCCGGAGGAUUACACCGGCUCCUUAUCUGUCGGUCAGAAUCUUCAGUACGUCAUUGGUCAGAGAUUCGUUGCUGUCGUACUCUACAGUGCCUCGGCUACUCAUUGCAACAUCUCGUCGGAUGCUCAACUCGACGAUUAUCACAACCUCUUCACCUUCAAUUCUACCGAUAGUGGUGUCGCCCUGAAGAAAGUUCUCAACGGUAGCAACAGCAACAGUACUGCCACCAUCGCCUCAAUGUCUUACCAGGGCGGCUCUGGCGCCGAUGUUAGCGGCACCGGCGGCGGCAGCAGCUCGGGCGACAGUCCCAACACUGCGAUGAUCAUCCUAUAUAGUAUCACUGGUAUUAUCACGGCCCUGUUCUUGGGUAUCAUUAUCACAGGCGCUGUCCGUGCCCAUCGUCAUCCCGAGCGAUAUGGCCCUCGCCGCGUUGCUGGACGGCCACGCCAAAGUAGAGCCAGGGGUAUAGCAAGAGCCAUGUUAGAGACUAUUCCUAUCGUCAAAUUCGGCGACGAACAGGAUGGCGUUGCCGCCGCAAAGCGGGACGUGGAACUUUCUAUCAAUCCGGAGGACCCGGCCCGCGAGCACUCACCUCCACGCUCGGACAGUAUCUCCGAUGCUGAGCACACGACUACACCCCGUGAGACUGAAUUGCCGACCGCUCACCAGUCCAUUCAACAUUCUCCCAGUGAUGCCGACGUUACCGCCGCGCCUACGCCUAAUCCCCAUGCAGCCGCCGACGGGGGAAAUUUUUCCUGUCCCAUUUGCACCGAUGACUUCAUUAGAGGUCAAGAUCUGCGGGUGCUACCGUGCAACCACCAAUUCCACCCAGAAUGCAUCGACCCAUGGCUGAUCAACGUAUCUGGCACAUGCCCCCUUUGCCGCAUCGACCUCAACCCCAACAAGACCGAAGAAAAUGGCGAGGAAGGCGAGAAUGCCGAGCACCCCGAAGAGACGCCCGCCGCCGAAGAAACCGUCACCCCCACUGCAGAGGUAACCCAAUCUCGACACAACCGUCUAACUAAUUACCUCCACGGCCACGGCUCCCUAAACGCGCGCCGCAUGCGCAAUGCCACUGUUGAAGAGCGCCUUGCCGCGCUCCGCCGCGUCCGCGAGGAGAACCAAGACGAAGCGGCCAACGAGAACAAUGUCCGACCCCGUCUCACCAGACGCCUGCGCGAUCGAUUCCGAAUUCGUACCCGUGCUCACGGCCUCGAGGCCAGCCCCGAGGCCAGCGGGACGUCUACUCCGACGGUGCCGCCGCCUGCACAUACGGCGCCUGAGGGAUCGGAGUCGCAAUCGCGGACAUGA